GGCGGGUUCCGGGGCUGGGGGCUCCACACGGGGUGGGCGAAGUUAGGGAUCAAAGGCACCGGAUUUCCUGAGAGCCCGGAGGGGUCCGAAAAAAAUGGAGAACUCUCCUCUAAGGAUCUUGGCCUUAUCUGGCCAAGGAUCGGCGCCUCCGACUUUUUUUAUUCCUGUUUGGUGUCUGGUUGUCAGAUGUUGGAAGCCCGAAGGAAAGUACAUAUCUCCGUGGUUUUUAUCCGUUCUGGGGUCCAGUGACUUGCCUGCGUCGAUAGAGUUAACCUGGAGCUUUGCUUCGAGGGAUAAAUAAAGCACAGCCUCUGAACUGGACAUAAAUGGAUCUGAAGACAGCAGUGUUUAACGCGGCGCGGGAUGGCAAACUCCGGCUUCUUACCAAGUUGUUGGCAAGCAAGUCCAAAGAGGAGGUUUCCUCCCUGAUUUCUGAAAAAACAAACGGGGCCACACCACUUUUGAUGGCUGCCAGGUAUGGGCACCUGGACAUGGUGGAAUUCCUCCUAGAGCAAUGCAGUGCCUCUAUAGAAGUUGGGGGCUCUGUCAAUUUUGAUGGCGAAACUAUUGAAGGGGCUCCCCCUUUAUGGGCUGCGUCUGCCGCGGGACAUCUGAAUGUGGUCCAAUCUUUGCUAAAUCAUGGAGCAUCUGUGAACAACACCACUUUGACCAAUUCAACUCCUCUCCGAGCAGCAUGUUUCGAUGGCCAUUUGGAAAUUGUGAAGUACCUUGUGGAACACAAAGCUGAUUUGGAGGUGUCAAACCGGCAUGGACAUACAUGCUUGAUGAUUUCAUGUUACAAAGGUCAUAAAGAGAUUGCUCAGUAUUUACUUGAAAAGGGGGCAGAUGUUAACAGAAAAAGUGUUAAAGGUAAUACUGCAUUGCAUGAUUGCGCAGAAUCUGGAAGUCUGGACAUCAUGAAGAUGCUUCUUAUGUAUUGUGCCAAGAUGGAAAAGGAUGGUUAUGGCAUGACUCCCCUCCUCUCAGCAAGUGUGACUGGUCACACAAACAUUGUGGAUUUUUUGACACACCAUGCACAGACCAGCAAGGCAGAACGUAUCAAUGCUCUAGAGCUUCUAGGAGCCACAUUUGUAGACAAAAAGAGAGAUCUACUUGGGGCUUUGAAAUACUGGAAAAAGGCAAUGAACAUGAGGUACAGUGAUAGGACUAAUAUAAUGAGUAAACCAGUACCACAGACAUUAAUAAUGGCAUAUGAUUAUGCCACAGAGGUAAAUAGUGCAGAAGAGCUAGAAGAUCUUAUUGCGGAUCCAGAUGAGAUGAGAAUGCAGGCGCUGUUAAUUAGAGAACGUAUUCUUGGUCCUUCUCAUCCUGAUACCUCUUAUUAUAUUAGAUAUCGUGGAGCUGUCUAUGCAGACUCUGGAAAUUUUAAACGAUGCAUCAACCUGUGGAAGUAUGCUUUGGAUAUGCAGCAGAAUAAUUUGGACCCUUUAAGCCCAAUGACUGCCAGCAGCUUACUAUCUUUUGCAGAACUGUUCUCCUUUAUGCUCCAGGAUAGGGCCAAAGGCCUGCUGGGUACUACUGUUACGUUCAAUGAUCUUAUGGGCAUACUGUGCAAAAGCGUCCUUGAAAUUGAGCGAGCUAUCGAGCAAACUCAGUGUCCAGCUGACCCAUUACAGUUAAAUAAGGCUCUUUCCAUCAUUUUGCAUUUAAUCUGCUUGUUAGAAAAAGUUCCUUGUACUUUAGAACAGGACCAUUUCAAAAAGCAGACUAUCUACAGGUUUCUUAAGUUGCAUCCAAGAGGAAAGAAUAACUUCAGCCCUCUUCAUCUCGCGGUGGACAAGAAUACUACAUGUGUAGGGCGGUACCCAGUUUGCAAGUUUCCAUCUCUACAGGUUACUGCAAUAUUGAUAGAGUGUGGUGCUGAUGUGAAUGUCAGAGACUCUGAUGACAAUAGUCCCCUCCAUAUCGCUGCUCUGAACAACCAUCCAGACAUCAUGAAUCUCCUUAUUAAAUCAGGUGCACAUUUUGAUGCCACAAACUUGCACAAACAAACUGCUAGUGACUUACUGGACGAGAAGGAAAUUGCUAAAAAUUUGAUCCAGCCCAUAAAUCAUACAACAUUGCAGUGUCUUGCUGCUCGUGUCAUCGUGAAUCAUAGAAUAUAUUAUAAAGGGCAUAUCCCAGAAAAGCUAGAGACUUUUGUUUCUCUUCAUAGAUGAUGACUUGACUGUAUUUUUAGCACGAAUUGGUAACUUUCAUAAGUGAGCACUGUUGUGAUAACACCAGCAUUCAUUUAGCUUGAUAUCAUUGUGCUCUCAUUGGCUAACGCAUUAUAACCAUCAAACUUACAGGAUUGGUUUCCCAGUAUUUAAUAUAAAUAUGCCAUAUAAUAUAUUGUUUGUGAGUUAUUAAGAACUACAAUAUCAUAUCCAAAUUUCUAAAAUUGUUUGCCAAAGGCUUAUGAUUCUGGUGUUUUUUUGUUUUGCUGUUGGGUAUUUGGGACAGAGUUAACUGUUUUUCAGUGGUAUCUUUAUACUUUACUGGCUUGUGAAUUUUAUACAAUUGAAGAUCUUUUUUUCUUGCUUCUGCCUUCUAGCUUUUCCCAUCUCCCCUCCCCCCACCCAUUUCUACUGUCUUUCCUUCUUACAGACCCAGGCUAGGUCUUAACAAACCUAUGGACUUCUUUCUACCAUUUCCAGUUACCAUAAGUGCUUUAUCUUCUCUAUGCACCGGCUUAAACUUGACUGUUGUAUGUUAGCAUAUUUUCUAUGCAGCAGUUAGUCAACUUCAAUUCAAAAUGCGUUUUAAGUUUGUUACAGAGUUCAUUUUAUGCAAAUACUCUUAUAGCAUGACAGUUUUUAGAACUGCAGGUUAGCUAUCUGAGCUCAAGCUUUUAUUUUUUGUUUUUUCUUUCACAUCUGAAGUUUCUUUCUCUAAUCUGCAGAAAUUUUUGUGUGCUAAAUUUGGGAAACAAAUCUAUCCUAACUCAUUAACCCAGUUGAAAUUUAGGUUUGUUAUCUUAAUAUAUCACACAAUAAGAGGAAGACUCUUUAAAGUGACCCACCUUUCAUACUGCUCCAGCAUUGUCUUGCUUGUGCUGAUAGUGUGGGUAGGUGUAAAGAAUUUGCUUAAAUUUAACCUCAAAGUUUAUCACACUGCUUAACAAGUCACUUUGAAAUACUCAGUCACUGAAUUGCAAAAAGUUUUAGUUACAAAAAGAGCUAAAGCAUGUCAGUGGCAUGAUGCUUGCCAAACCAGAUCUAGGCGUCUAAGAUAAUUAAGGUAUUUUAGUACGCAGUUUACUACCAUAGUAUCAGAGGUCAGUAACAGUGUUCUUUCUUUCUUCAACUUUAUGUAUACCUUAAAGAUAACUUGCAUGAAUUACUUUGGUCUCAAUUAUUUGUCACCUUAGUUAAAUACAAAAAGUUACCGUGCUUCCUGUUCCUGUACUGAAAAUUAGCUUUGCCUUCCUUCUCUUUCUCUCUCUCCCUCCCUCCCACUUCUCUCUCUUGUCUCUUUCUCUCAGAUUUGCUAAUGCCACAGAAAGGGCUCUUUUAAGUGAAAAAUACUAAAAAAAGAUUCAGGUAAUUAUCGUUUAGCACUUUAUUGUUACUCAGAAUAAAAUUUAUGAUGGCAUAUUUGCCCUUGCAAAUGUCUUACUAAAACUGUUCUGAAUAAAAAGUUCCUUAUUGAUUUGAGAAAAAUUCAGUUUACCUGUGAAUUUAAUGAGCUGGAUCACUUACUUGGAUUUUGGGAGUGACAUUUUAUUCUGAGGGUUAACGUAAUGCUAUUUAAAGAGUCAUUACAAACAGUCACAGUAGGUUUAGCUUCAUCUUUAUUCAGUGAAAACUUGUAAGGAAGAAUAGUAAAUAAUAAAGAACUUAGGAUUUUUGGUUCAAUCAGGUGAAUUUUUAAAAAAACAUAUCCUUAUUUUACUGAUUUGGAAAUUAAUUUCACCACUUAAAGAAAUGGAUUAGUAGGUACACACCAGCCUUUUGAUGAGAUUUUACUAUAGGCAAAUUUGAUGAACUAUUUGAACUGCCAUAUAUAAAAUUAAUUUUGCAAUUUAAUCAUAUUCUAGAAAUACCAGACGUUGAGUUCAUUUGCUUCUGACCUGUGCUAUAAGAAUUAUAUAUGCAUGAGCUACUUUUUUUAAGAAAGAAAAACGUUGCCAGUGUAAGUAAUAUACAUUAGUUGAACUCAAUUUUGGGGUGAAAAUUUACAAUUAGAAUUUUAAGUGACUUACUGUUGCCCCCUUUUGGGUGUGGGGUGAGGCUUACAUGUUCUUAGAGUAGGCACAUCUAACACUGUUUAUGGGGAAUGGAAUCUUGCAACUCCAGUAUAAAAUAGGGAUUUCUUUAGCUUUUUUCUACCACUAAAACAAACAACUUAGAACUGGUCCUCAGUCUUGAUGACUGCAAUGCCUUAUUUCGGUUCAGAUGCUAUUCUCUGUAGAGGCCUGUAGGUGCCCUUAAAAAAUCUGUUAAUAGCUCGAAAUUUUAUUUUAGAAAGAAUUGAAUAAUCAAUGUGACUGCAGAUACUCUUUAAGAUCUUCGUCAGAACAUAGUCUCAAAUUUUUGAGCCUGAAUAAAAGUUCUUAAAUUUGUGUUUUUAUACCCACAGAUGAAAAAAUUAAAUAAUGAACUAGUUGUACUCAAAUUAGACUUUACACCAUAGCAUAGUGAUGUUGGCUGGAGUUAAAGUAUAAGUUUUUACUACAUUUCAUCAAAAAUGCCUUAUUAAGGCCCUUCUGAAUUUUAGGCAUUCUGUGAAAAACGUUCAUUUUACUCAGUCUACUUUCUCAAGACAAAUGUAUUAUAGAUUUAAAAUAGUCAUUUUCUUAACUUGUAAGCAUAAGUCUGAAUCAGCAGAGAUAAUUUGGAGCCCUUGAUGAUUUUGAAGGCAAAUGAUUCUUCACAUUUAAAGUGACUACCUUAUUUUGUUAUAUUUUAAAGACCUCAUUUACUAUGAGUUUGGAGAACUGUUUAGGUUGUAUUUGCAAAUAGGUCUUUAAAAUCCUUGCUCAGCAAACCUUUGGCUGAAUUUACAAGCAUCUUAUUUAUUUUUCUGGGAAUUGUAAGGGCUGGAUGAGACAACAUGUACAGCUGUAACAGCAGCACUACUGUUUGGAACUUUAAUCAUUUUAAAAUUAGAUACUAAGGAAACUAACAUUAAUUGGUCAUCAUUUUUUUUAAUGCCCUUAUGUUUGACUAAAUUCUCUCCCCUUUGUCAGUUCCCAUGUGUAUUUUUCAAAAGAAAUACUGUAUUCAGAUGCCAACCAACAAAUUGUCACAUAAUGGAAAAUGAUAUGCCACCACAUUCAUUGUAAGGUUUAAUAAAAUAAAUUUGCACCGA